GCCGGCGCGCCGGCUCCUGCCGACGUGUUCUUCCGGUGGUGCUGGAGCGGAGGUUUGCCCUGUGCCAGGCAGAAUGGAGCUCGAGGCCAUGAGCAGAUACACCAGCCCGGUGAACCCCGCCGUCUUCCCCCACCUGACCGUGGUUUUGCUGGCCAUCGGCAUGUUCUUCACCGCCUGGUUCUUCGUCUACGAGGUGACCUCCACCAAGUACACGCGGGACAUCUACAAAGAGCUGCUCAUCUCCCUGGUGGCCUCGCUCUUCAUGGGCUUCGGCGUCCUCUUCCUGCUGCUCUGGGUGGGCAUCUACGUCUGAGCCCCCCGGUCCCUUGCCUGGCGGCUGCACCGAACCCCCACUUUUGUAAAUUAAUUUUUAUACCAUCUUGUCGGAAACCGUUGUCCUGCGUGGUGUUCACAAUAAAGGCAGACGGACGACA